CUUUCUCAUGCUUGUCAUCAUACAGGGAGCAAAUGCAAUGCAUAUAUCACGGUUUUAUUCUAUCCGAAAUCAAAACCAAUGCAAUGCACAAUGUUUAUGGGUCACAUUACUAUUCCUCGAUUUUUUAUAUACUGCACUGAUAAGACAAAUUGAACACUGCUAAAAUCACUUAAAAACAAUUAUACGAGUCAACAGUCAAGGCUGCUUUAUCACAAUGUUUCAUCAUCAGCCGUAUCCUAUAUAACAUUCACUGCUGGACAUGGGCCUCCCCCAAAAGAUUUCUAGAACAAUCUAUUGAAAGCGACCCAUAUCCGGUGAUCUGGAACUUUUAUUCGGUCCGCCUCAUAGGUAUCACAAUGUUUAUGAUCUUACAAAAGCUUCGUAAACACGAACCAUAUGAAGUACAUGCACCAGCACAUGAAAAUUAAUAUGCCAAGCAUGUUGAAAUAUCAGUCAGCUUGUUUGGUCUCCGGUGGUCCGAGGAGCUGGGCGGUGAGGGCGCGUAGGUCCGUCGCCAGGUCUCUCGGCAGCUGGAGCUCAUCAGCAGCGUCCUCAUCACGCAAAAUAGAUGCUAUAGACAACAAUGUUGUGUACCUCAAGGUCCUAAGAGGCACUGUUAUAUUCCAGUUGAAUCGAUGUCUUACAUUUGCGAUACUAGGCGGGGCACGAAAUACCGUCUUAUUGUUCACAACAUACGACUCCUGCGUUUUAUAAUCAGUAAAUUCCCAAGGGUGAGUUAUAUAUGUGUCAACGUCGAAGUGUUUACCGGGGUUUAAAAGAAUGUAGUCCCGUCUUAGACCUUGGAAAUCUCUCCAAACGACACUUAUUCGUUGUGAUGUGCAAUUUGUAAAUCUUACGUACGCACGGCGUGUUGAAUCUAUAGAUUUCACAACAACACGCUCGCCUUUUUCGUUUUCUUCGUACAGUAAAUUACGAUCUCCGAAAGCCAUUAUAAAUGUUUUCACAAUUAUUAAGUGCUUAAUACACAAUAGUUACUUUAGAUUUUUGACACUAUAAUAACGUUUAAUUUGCAGUAACACAUUGGACGACCAUUUUUUUGACAAUAUUAAUUUCGUAUCUACCCGCCACGCACACGUCAAUUCAGUUUCACGUCCCUCGCACUCUCAGCUCGCACUAUUGAUUCACAAUGGCAGUUUGUGUCGCAGUUAUCGGCAAAGAUAAUUCUCCACUAUACAUCGGCGGUGUAGGCAACGACACGAGCACAGACAACGAGUUGUCGCGGCAAUGGCUCGUCCACACGGCCCUGGACGCGUUAGAAGAGAGACUCGCCACUACCAACACAGGAAACGCUGGCACAAAUACGAACACUGCCCGUACUGAUCUCAGAGAUCUAUAUCUUGGCUUGUUAUACUCUACUGAUACGCAUAAAAUAUAUGGGUACGUAACAAACACGCGAAUCAAACUUGUGCUGGUGACAAGUUCGACCUCACCAAGCGGCAGUAACAUCCGGGAUGCUGAAGUGCGGACUGCACUGCGUAGACUACACGCCUUGUACGCCGACGCUAUAUGCAAUCCAUUUCAUCUGCCUGGUGAUCAAAUUACUUCGCCGAAAUUUGAUAAGCAGGUCAAAAACAUAAUGAUGAACAAUGUUUAAUCAAUACUACGAACUGCGAUUGCGGUCCUUUCUUCAUUUAAUUUCUGUGUUUAGUUUGUGUUAUACUUGAAAUUAUUUUAUUUAAGUUUAUAAUAUUAUAAGGCUAUAAUUAUGUUAUUCCGUAUUUUAGUAUUACCGAGAGUGUAACUUUACAAAUAAAUAACUAAUUGGUUAUUGAGUUAAUAAAGUGUGUAGCUACAUAAAGUUUAAA